UGCCUGCAGAGCCUGGGCGGGGCUUAUUGGGCCAGCGGAGCCGGCAGAGCCCCAACUCUCCUCAGAAGGCGAAGAGGGCGCCGGCGGUCCGGUUGUGUUUCCAGCAGGGCUCCUGCGAUGGCGGUGUCGGCAAUGCCCGAGCCCCGCGGGCGCUCCAGCGGCCUCCUCCUCCCCGGCGGGCCGGGCCCCUCGAGCAGCAGCAGCAGCCCGCUCCCCAUGAACCUCUUUGCGGCCUGGGAGAUGGAGGGCUCCAACCCCAGCUGCGUCCCCAGGUUGUGCAGCUUGACUUUGAAGAAACUGAUAGUAUUGAGAGAAUUGGAUAAAGAUCUCAUUUCUGUCGUAAUCGCGGUCAAAAUGCAGGGUUCAAAAAGAAUACUGCGUUCUCACGAAAUUAUGCUGAACCCUAGUGGUCGUGUAGAAACAGAACUUGCACUCACAUUCUCUCUACAGUAUCCUCAUUUCUUGAAAAGAGAAGGCAAUAAACUUCAGAUAAUGCUACAGAGGAGAAAACGGUAUAAAAACAGAACAAUUCUUGGCUACAAAACUUUGGCAGUGGGCUCUGUCAACAUGGUGGAAGUACUGCAACACCCAAGAGAAGGAGGCCAAGUUUUGAGCCUUUUCAGCAGCAUCAAGGAAGUUACAGUGAAAAUAGCAGAGAUAUGGAUCUUUUCAUUGUCUAGUCAGCCAAUAGACCAAGAGGAUAGUGCUGUACACAUGAGCCAGAAAACUAAAGCUACAGGUAAUUUCAGAAGGGAGGAAUAUGAAGCUUCUCUUCCAGAACAAGAAGCAAGUGAUGAUGCUGUUCAGGGUCAGGAUUUGGAUGAUGAUGAAUAUGAAUUGGGGAAGCCAAAGAAGCAAUGGAGAUCGAUAGUAAGAACAACAUCCAUAACCAGGCAACAAAACUUCAAGCAAAAAGUGGUGGCACUGCUGAGAAGGUUUAAAGUAACUGAUGAGGUUUUGGAUUCUGAGCAAGAUCCAGCUGAUCAUGUCCAAGAAGUAGAAGAAGAUUUAGACCUUCUCUAUGACACACUUGAUAUAGAUAAUCCCAGCGACAGUGGCCCUGACAUGGAAGAUGAUGACAGUGUCCUCAGCACUCCUAAACCAAAGCUAAAACCUUACUUUGAAGGCUUGUCACAUUCAAGCUCUCAAACAGAAAUUGGAAGCCUCCAGAGCGUCAGAAGCCAGAAAGAGCCACCCAGUCCUGUAGAAGUGCCUGAAAAUAACAAAAAUAUUGCAAGUAAACAGCCAGCAGAUAGCACCUCUGACACUGUGUGUUAUAAGACUCAACAAGAAGAUGACAACCAAGAAACAGAACAACUGUCCUCUCUGGAUAUCUUUAUUGAAAAGCUUCCACCAAGUGGCAGAAUUACAAAGACAGAAUCUCUCAUAAUUUCUUCCAGCAGAUCAGAGGGAAAACAGAUGGGUCGCAGAGGCAGAAGCACAUCACUGAAGGAAAGACAGCCAGCGAAGCAGCAGAAUGAAAGAGCCAACAGUCUGGACAAUGAGCGUUCUCCAGACACCAGGCAUCACUUACAGAUCCCUAGAAAAACUGUUUACGACCAAUUGAAUCACAUUUUGAUCUCAGAUGACAAAUUACCAGAAAAUAUCAUUUUAGUCAAUACUUCUGACUGGCAAGGACAGUUUCUUUCAGAUGUCCUGCAAAAACAUGCUCUUCCAAUAGUCUGCACGUGUUCAUCUGCUGAUAUUCAGGCAGCUUUUAGCACCAUUGUCUCCAGAAUACAGAGAUACUGUAAUUGCAAUUCUCAACCUCCCAGUCCAAUUAAAAUUGCAGUUGCUGGAGCCCAGAAUUACCUCAGUGCUGUGUUGAGGCUUUUUGUAGAACAACUGUCUCACAGAACCCCAGACUGGCUCAGCUACAUGAGAUUUCUCAUUAUACCACUAGGUUGUCACCCAGUAGCAAAAUAUCUGGGUUCAGUUGAUUAUCGAUACAACAACUUCUUUCAGGAUUUAUCAUGGAAAGAUUUAUUUAACAAACUUGAAGCACAAAAUGCUGCUCAGGAAUUGCCCGAUAUUGUCUCCAGAAUAACCCAAUACAUAGUGGGAGCAAACUGUGCCCAUCAGUUACCCAUUGCAGAAGCAAUGUUGACAUACAAACAAAAAAGGAAAAAGACCUUUCAGUUUGAUUUUAAUAUAAGCCCAGAUGAAGAAUCAGCCCAGAAGUUCAUCCCUUUUGUUGGAAUAGUAAAAGUUGGAAUAGUUGAACAAUCCUCUGCAACUUCAGGUGACUCGGAUGAUGCAACUCCCUGUAGUUCGAGUAUCCUUUCCUCUACCCCGCCUUCUGUGUCUCCUGCUGUGAAGGAAUCUUCCCCCACCCCACCUUCCUCACCAUCUGUCACAGGCAGUUUUGCUUCCUCCAGCCAUAGUCUUGGUAUGGAACUGAUGGGACUUCAGGUAGAUUACUGGAUUGCAUCUCAUCCUAUGGAGAAGAAGAGAGAUUCAGAAAAAAGAGAUCCCUCCACUGCCAAAAACACACUGAAAUGCACUUUUCGGUCUCUCCAGGUCAGCCGGCUGCCUAUAAGUGGAGAAACUACUUCUACUCCUACUAUGUCAAUGACGAUUGUGACAAAAGAAAAAAACAAAAAAGUGAUGUUUCUGCCUAAGAAAGUAAAAGACAAAGAGUAUGAUUCUAAGAGCCAGUGUAUUGAUGGUAUCAACCGUCUGAUUUGCACAGCAAAGAAUCAGCAGAAUAUGUUGCGGGUGCUUAUAGACGGAGUGGAAUGGAAUGAUGUGAAGUUCUUCCAGUUAGCAGCACAGUGGUCUUCCCAUGUCAAGCAUUUUCCCAUCUGCAUAUUUGGACAUUCCAAAUCCUAAUGUAGGAUAAUUCCUGUGAUACCACCAAACACUGAGUGACAGCUGUUUGCGUUCUCAUGCAUUUACUUAUGUAUGUGCUUGGAUAACUGCUUAGUUAUACUGAUGUUUGUUCUUCAUUUGGCUGCGAGGAAAGAAGAAUACUUGAAACAGCAGCAAUUCAGUUUUAAUUCUUGGCAUACAUCUAAGCCACUUGCAGGACUCAUGAAAAUGUCAAAGUAAUUAUUGCUUAUUAACAUGGAAAUAGUUGAGCAAUGGGAGGUUUAUUUGGCAGCAGGUUAGGGAUGGUGGUUAUACUAUUUCAACAUGAAAGAUCUAAACUGGAGAGGACUCUCUGACUUUUUCUAUCUAUUCACCUCUUAAUCGUUCAGAUUACUUCUUUUCAUAAUUGUUUACCUGUCUGGGGUAUCUGAUUAUUUUGCCCCCUUUCCCUUCCCCCCCCCCCAUAUUUCCCUUUUGCUAUGUGGCAUUAUUGCUAUUGCUAGCCGUUGGGCAACACAAGUUUUUUAAGAUGUCAUUUUGGAGAUUGAGAAGGAGGGAAACAUUUAGAUUCCCUUGUUAGCACUUAAUGUCUGGAGUUCAACCAGUCUUACUGCUCCACAUGAGGAGGAUGGAAGGAGAAAGGAGUUUGGAGCAUUGUGAAUUGGCAUGUGUUGUUAUAAGAUUGGCUCAGAAAACUAUUUAACUUGUUUCUGAUUUUAUUGGAAAUAACCAUUCUUUUCUGAAUCAGUGUCCCGAUUCAGGCAAGUAGAAGUAAGCUUAAACUACCAUAAUACUGUUAAGAUACUUCUCUCCUUGUGUCCAGAUUUUCUACUUGCUAGAAUUAAAAUUGCCACUCAUUUGUUUGCUUCGUCUAGGACUGUAUGAUUGGGAUUUUACCAGAUAAGAUGGGGUAAAGCAGAAUAUGAAAUCUAAAUCAUGUCUAUUAUAUCUCAGUGGUUCCAAUAUAUACCAGUAUAAUCUAUAAUUUUUCCAUUUACAAAAAUCCUUAUUGUGAGAAAGGUACUACUGAAAUUACCACCAUGUAGAAUACACAUUUGGGCUUUGUGUGUGUGUGUACUGUGACUUAGCAUGUAGCAUUUACUAACUUUUCAGUACAACCCUGACCAUUAAAUGUGAGAUAAUACUUGUAAAUAUUAUGUUGCCAAAAAAGGGCCAGAGAAGUGGAGCUGGUCUUCAGCUUCGUGAAACUGAUUUCCCCCCAACAUGACACUAAUAUCUUGGGGGGGGGGGGGUGUCACCAUAUAUAACACUUCCUAUUGUUUUCUUAUCCUGUUGAAGCACUUUGACCUUCUUUCUCUUCUGUGCCUGUAAGGCUCUUUUUCUAUACCCCAUUAAACUAGGAUGUUUGAAAUAUAUGUCCCAAAGCUCACUGCUUCCAGUGGGGGAUAUAAAUUGUGAUCUCCAAACUAACAUAUCUGAGAGAUAAAAGUAUUCCACAGGUUUAAAUCUGGAGGAAGUUCAUAGCUUGUGCUUCUCCCGCAAAUAAAAAUUCUUCAGUGAUGGAAUAAAUGUUUGUUCUAGUAUACAUAUCUUGGGAAAUUUCCUCCAAGCUUUUCUAUCUGGCCAUAAAGAUGAUCCUCCUCCUCCUCCUCCUUGUUUCAGUCUUCUUACUAGCUGGUAGUUUUCUUAUUCUUUAACCAGCUCUGUGUGGAUUAGUAACUCUGAAAGGGAGUUUACAGGAUGAAGUGCUAGUUGCAGAUUAGUAAUCGUGAAUAUUUGUGGGCAAACUGCAAACCUCCAAGAAGAGGAGUGCUUGGUGCAUGCUGUUCUUUGCACCAAAAGAAGAACAUGUAUUGUUAGUAUAGUAGAUCUCUCUUAAAAGAAAAUUGAAAAGCUACUGUUGAAGACACCUGUAAAGCCACUGUUGUAUAGGUCUUGAGGGGGGAAAGAUGUCUGUUACAGACAUCUGUUUUAUAUUUAUUUUAUUUUUUAAAAAAUGCUAUGCAUCACAUGAUUACUUCCGUUUCUGCUGCUAUUCUGAGAAAAUGACACUAACUUUUUGUCAGGGAGCAACACUCCUUUGACAAUAUGAUCUAAUCUGAGGAAAUUUGCCUUGCUGCUCUAGGAUAGCUGCCAGUAAUGCCUUGGAGAGAAAGCACACAAGCACAUAAUUGUUUCUCGUGAUGUUGUGAAAUGGACACAAGAGACCUGAAAAGAAGGUGUUUGGCUUGUCCAAGCAUAAUAAUCCAAACACAUUUCAUCUUUACUAUCUAAUUUACAGUGCUCUUGACUGGUUAGUAGUGAUUGGGACAGCCUUUGCGUUUCUUUGCAAUAAUAUUGUCAAUAGAUGUAAUUAAAGAUUUUAUCAGUUGUACAUAGAGACAAAUUGUAACAUGUCUGGGUCUUCCAUACUUCCCAUGACAACUAUUGUGCUCUCAGCUGAGGUGAAUCUUCAGUUGUUAAACUUUUCAACUGUGAUUCAGAAUAGAAUAUACUGUAUUUCUGCAAUUGUAUGUUAAGACAUAUUCUCUAUAAAACUUGUGGGAAAGGUCUUCAGUCUGAGAGCACUAGAUUCAUUCCUACCUCAUUCUAUCCCCAAAUACAAAUAUAAACACAACUUCUGGUCAAGUUUGACCUGAACAUUCAAGAAACCAAUAAUUAGUACUGCAAAAUUCAGACUGUUAGCAUUGCUGCUUUUCCCUUCUCUUAAUUCAUUAAAAUAUAGGACAACAUACUAAAGCUGAACUGGUUAGGGUAUCAAGCUCCUGGUAUAGCAGUCAAUGCUUUUUUCUUGCAGAUAUAGAACUGCUGACUGAGGAGUUGAUAGAAACAUUCUUCUCAAGCAGCUUCAUCUCAUAUCACAUUUGACAGCAUCAAGAAAUGCUAUGCUGCUUCAUAAUCAGAAAAAGUAUGUAUAUGAAUUAUUGCUAGGGAAAAAACUUAGAGCAGGUAAGCAGGAUUGAAAAUGAAAACAGUUUGUUCUUGGUGACAGCUGUUGUUGGAAUUCUCUAGGGCUGCUGAAUUCCAGCUUCAAUUCUUCCAUAUUAAACUUUUCAACAAUUGUGACAAAUAUAACCCUAGUGUCCUUUUAGGACUUAUUCAGCCGUGAACAUUUAUAAGAAAACAUAGAUAGAACUUUCUAAUAACAGAGGUGUGGAAGGCUAGGGGGAUGCAUUAGUUCUUUGAGAGAUCUUAGAGCCCCACACCUGUCCACCACAUCUGCUUUUGCAACUUUUUUGUAUUUAAAAGAACACUUUUGCCCUCAAAUCCCUUCUUGGGGGUAUGGGUGCCAUUUUCAUUGUCCUUUGGGGGCCAUUUUAGGACAGGAAGAGGAGGUUUUUUUAACAACAAUCUCACAUAAGUCAUUCCCUGUUUUAAAAAGGCCUCUCCUGGGCCUAAAUUUUCCCUGGAGGAGCACAACAUAUAAUGAGAAUGCACCUCAUGACUCCUAGAAAAUAUUUUGAGGCAUUUGGGGACAAAAAAUGUUUUUCGGAAAAAAAUGCAAAACAUGUUUUUGACUCCUGGGGACACCUUCAGACAUCAUGGAAAUGCCCUCCCCAUCCCCUAAGUGCAUUUUGGAGCAAAAAAGUAUUUUUCUUUAGGGGAUUGCAUGUGGCCCACGAGCUGCACUUUGCCCAACCUUGCUGAUAGGAAAAAUGAAGUAAGCCACAUGUCAGCAUUAUCACCUGUGAAGACACACAUGUGGUUUUUCCUACAUAAAAUGCAAUCCUUCAAGAAGGUCUUUGUAGUAAAGCAAUACCCAGAGUGCUGCUAACAAGCAGAGAAAAGGAUUUGAGCCAGUAGUUAACAGGCACAGGCAGCCAAAUCAAGUAAAAGGAAAUGAAAAGAUGUACCCUGAUGACAUUUCUCUCUGCCUUCUACUGUUGCCUUGGGAAGACUUUACUUACUAUACUGAGGGGGACCAACGGUGUGUGGCCUCUAUAUGAAAAGGCUGGCAAUGGGAUAAGAUAUGAAAUUAACCUUGUUAGGAGAGAGAAAGGGAGAAUGCAACACUGCAGUUUUUUCUGGACCUCUGAGCAGCUUUGAAUACCACUGAUCAUGGUAUCCUUUUGGGAAGACUGUCUCUGAGACCUUUGCAUUCUUUUAUGAUGAUUCUGCUCUGACCCAUAGAAGGAGUUCCAGAAGGUGGUGCUGUGGCUCUGUUGCUUUCCUGCACUGACACUGGGGGCUUCAUGAGUUCAGUUCUGCUUCCCUUACUCUUUAAUGUGAACUUAAAACCAUAGAUGGAAGGAGUGAGAUGUCAUCAGUAUGCAAAUGAUACUGAGCUCUAUUUUUCCUUUUCCUCAAAUGUAGUUGAGGAAGUAACGAUUCUGAAUUGAUGGUGGGAUGGAUGAGGCUGAUAAACUUAGAUUCAAAAAAGAUAAAAUAAAAGUUCAGUUAGUGUGCCAUCUAUUUGUCCAGUUAACUGGUGCUCCACCUGCUUUACAAGGGUUUGCAUUCCCCAAGAAUGAGCAGUUGGUAGUUUAGGGUUGCCCAUAGAUCCAACUGUUACCUGAAGCCUCAGUGGCUUCAGUAGCAUGGGGCCCUUUUUACCAAGUUUGACCGAUUUACCAACAAAAACCUUCUCUGGACAGAGAUAGUUUCACUACUGUUAUCUGUAUACUGGUAGCCUACUUCCUGGAUUACUGCAAUACAUUGUAUGUGGUCUACCUCUGAAGAUGGUCCAAAAACUUCAGUUAGUGCAGAAUGGAGCAGCAUGGCAGCUCAGUGGGACUGGUGUUUUUAAACACAACACCUCAGUUACCAGUCAGUUUCCAUGCCUUACAUGAACUGUUGGUGCUAAAUGUUGAAGCCAGGAUGAGCAAAGUAUGGCAGCAAAACAGGGUUGGGUCUUCCAAAUAUUGUUGAACUGUAACUCCCACCAUUCCUCAUUAGUAUCUGUUGACUAGGAAUGCUGGGAAGUGCAGUCCAGCAACUGCAAUCCAGCAAAAUUGAUAGCACAUUUUGCCAAAUCUUGCUUUAAAAUACUAAAUACUAGUGGCCAGAAUAGUGUAAUGGCUAGCUGCCAGAAAAAGACUUACUUAGUAGCGGUUCUCUGUGGAAUGUCCUCAGAAGAGAAAUCCAUCUGGCUUUCUCAUUGGUAGCAUUUAGAUGCCAGGCUAGGAUUUUCCUCUUCUAGCAGGCAUUCAGUCCUGAUUUUUAUUUUUGUCUUUACUAUUUAAGUUUUAUUGCUCUCUCUUAAUUUCACAAGAGGUUUUGAUAUGUCUACUGCAUUUAAUUUUGUUAAAAGUUAUUAUCCUGUGUUUUUAUAUUUGUAAUCCACCCACAAUACAUUUUAAAGUUCUGUCAUGUAUAAAAAUUGUAAAUAAAUAAAAACUGUAAAAUAGGUGAAUAUUUGGGCUGAACUGAAAAGAGCACAUUUGUGUAUAUUGAAGCGCAGUACACAGGUUAUUCUAGAAUGGUCCAACAUGUUGAUGUUCUUCACCAGCUGGUUCAAGCCAAAAAUUAAUUAUUCCUCUUUUAUCCAUGUUGGACUGCUUCUCUGAAAUGAUAGUGUUCGGCCCUGAAGCAACGCUGUUAUAGAAAGAUGUGUUACAUUUCUCUGCUGAGAACUCUGCAGAUACUGCUGGUAGGUCUACAGUGUUCUUCCUUUCCCGGUAUUUUUUACUGUUGUAAUUGCUUUUUCCAUAAUAUGUUCAAGGAAAAGGUUGGUGUGGUUCCAGAACCAGCUUCACUUAUUGGAAGUUUAUUGAAUAUCACCACAGAAGCUUUGCUUCCUAUGCACUGUCUCACUGGUUUUAUGUAAAUUCUUGUAGCAUUCAGUCCAAGGAAUGGAUCUGUUAUGUCUGGAGACAUGUACUGAAAAAAAUCACUUGGGUUCUGGUUUGCUUAAGUAGAUAUUUUCAUCCUAAUCUAAAUCAGUUUGCUCACUACAAGUGUCUUGUCCCAUUUUAUACACCGUAGGAGUUACAUUUUCAUGCAUUGGAGUUUAUCCGUUCAUUUUAGUUGUCAUAGGAAUACAUGUGUGUGUAAAAAAAGAGUGGGACCAAAUGGUCAUGAAGUGCAAGGGCUGAGAUUGAGAUUCAGUAUAAUUAGAACCAGUUCUCCUAGGGAUGGGGUGAAUCUUUCACAUCAGGUGGACAAGGAGGGAUAGUGAGUCAGUCCCAUCCCAACAAGCCCCCAUGAGCAGGGUGGCUGAUUUGAAGAAACAAAUGGUGGCCCCUCUCUCACAGUUGUGGCAAAUGCUGCAGCAAAAGAGUGGUGGCAUGAUUCUCUGAAGUAGCUUUCUCAUUAGUAUCUUAAUGUGAGGUUCCUGCGCAGUCGGUAUUUUACUUUCAAGGAGUCCCCAUAGAGCAAGUUAUCAUAGGGGCAUUCUGAAAAGCCAACCAAGGCAGAAUCCCUCCAUCCAAGUAGCUUCUUCAGACUGAGGCAUUGUAGAUUAGAUAGUUGCAGAGACUUCACAGUGCGGCAUCCAGGUAUUAAUGGGGUUGCAAUGGAAGUAAUGGAGGAAGGGAUGGGGGGGAUUGUAUACCUGGCUUAGGCAAUGUUAGCCCAACUCUGUAAACCAUAAACGUAUAUAAAACAAGCACUGUGGUCUUGUAUAUAUUCAAGUUUUUUCUUGUCAAAAACUACCUCUUCCAUUUCAUGGCCACUUGGUCUCACUGAUUGCAUGGUACAAGAUGGAUAGGUUUAGUUUACACUCCUUAGUUACCUGUUUGUUUCCAAACUGCUACUCAGAACACUUGCUCCUAAGUUUUAAGAAAGAAUAAGGGAAAACUCAGCAAACAAGCGAAUUGUAGAUUUCCUUGAAAAGAGAAACAGAUGAGGUGAAUAUCUUGCCUCUUAAAGUAAAGAAUCCAAGAACUGGCAGCUUAGCCCUAUACAUCGUUCUGUGUGCAGCUUGUGAAGUAUGUUGAAAGUGAACUUACUGGACAAUAUAGUAUUGCUCAGACUGUCAAAUGAAGGGAUGCUGCCCAUGAUACCUAUUUCUGAUCAGUCCAUCUUUUUCAUUGAAUUUUUUUAAAGAUGGUAAAUGUACAUAGCUUUUUUUGGAAUAAAUUGCAAUGUAGACUAUGAAAUAUUUUAUUAUACUAAUGCACCACUAAUAAAACUGGAUUGG